AUAUAUACGACGCCGCUAUUCGCCGCCGCUGCCGAUAAUUAUCAUCCGCCGAUUACCGCCGCCGUCGAAAGAGAAAAUUUUCGGCGAAUUCGCCGCCGCCAUUCUGUUUUUGCUCUAACGCCGUCGCCGGUAUAAACUAAAACGGCGCACGAGUCGAGACCAACACCGAUGCUUUUAGGUACGUGUGUUAAGUUUGUCAAUGGUGUAAAUUCGUGUAAAUAAUUGGUGGAAUACGCACGUGUAUUGAAAAAAUAUCUCGAAUAAAAUGAAAAUUAAAAGAAUCAAAAAGCUAAAACGCAAGAAGAAGUACAAUCAGAACGUCAAUCGAAAGAGGCUGCGAAAUAAAUUACGGAAACUGCCGAUUAUUCCAUGCGAACAAAUAAAAAAAGAAUGGAAGAACGAGAGUUCCACUCGUGCCAAUUUGAAAGAAAUGGGUUUGGCAUAUGAUGCAAACGAAGCGGUGCAAAUUCCUAAUGUAAAACACGAGAUGUUGGAGGAUGCCAAGAGAAAAGUUACAGGAAACGAGGAUUUGUCGGAUCAUGAGAACGAAGAAAUAAAUGUGACCGCAGCAAAAAGUUACGUGAUGGAGAAGUUGGAAUCUGAGGCAAAAGCUCCUAGAGAACGACUUCUUAAAUUACCAAAAGGACAAGCACAAUUUCUCACUUAUUUAAUAAAGAAAUAUGGUGAAGAUUAUAAGACGAUGUCGAAAGAUAAGAAGAACCAUUACCAAUUAACUUGGAAGCAAAUACGAGCCAAGAUAAAAGUAUUUAAGGGAAUUCCAGAACAGUAUAACAAAUUUGUUGAAAAUAGCAAUACGUAGUUGGAAUCCUGACAUGUAUAAAUGUACAUUAGGGCGCGUUCAGAACGCGCUUUUGUCGAUAAAAGCGCGCUUUUAUCUCU